AUGGCCUCUGAGGAAGAUGACGACCUCUCCUCUACUGAUCGCCGCGUCAAGCAGGCGCUAGACAAGCGCCCUACCAUCUAUGAUAGUGAGGAUGACUCUGAUGAUGAUGAUGAGGAAGAGGAAGAAGAAGCAAAAUGCAACAACAAAAACAACAAAAAGAAGAAUCCACCAGAGAUCGCGGAGAUUGACCAAUCGCAACAGAUGCCGCCUCUACCCAACUACUGCUCGCAACCAACCCAAGACACAUUUGUGCAGGAUGCAUUCAUGUACCAAACCAACCCAGAGGUCAGAGCGCAAUGGGACAAGGCCAACAAGGAGGCAAGGACCGCUGCUUGGAAUAUGAAGAAUCCUCCGACCACUCGUGCAUGUGAAGGAGGCGUCUUUUCCAGGGAUUUGCCCUUCACUCCAACACCUGACAUUGCGAAGAAUUUGGCUCUGUACCAGAGCUAUUUAUUGAGUACUGGAACAGCUGGUGGAAGCAGUGGUAGCAGCCAGCCGGAUCCAACUAUCCAACGGGUAGUAGCAAAUGCAGAAGCAGCUUUGACACCUGCGGCCAGGAAGAGAGUUUCUUCUCAAGAGAAGGAACAGCAGAAAGCUGCUAAGAAGCAAGCCAGGGAAAAGAAGAAGGAAGACGAUCGCCGAAAGAAGGAAGCAGAAAAAGCCAAGCAGCUUGAGAUGUCCAAAGAGAUUGAUGCUCUCGUCGAUAGAUUCCAGCCGGACUACAGGAAGUGUAUCAAGUGUCAAGACGAGAAGCAUCCGAAGAACAAGAAUGACGAAACAGACUACUCAGUUGCCAAAUACUUUGUUAUGAAGGAGGGGAAGCCUGACGAAAAGAGAUAUGACCUUGCUACCUUCAACCAUCAGCAAUUGCGUAUCCUGUGUCAGAAAGCGAGACUCAAGGGAGCUGGAGGCUUUUCAAUGUGGAAGGCAAGAUGCGAGCUGGCAUCUUGGAUCAACUCUGGGACCAUUUACAUGGAUAACAGCAUCGCCAAUCCUUUCACUUCUGCGCAAGACAGGCGCCAGAACACCUACAUACGUCUGAUCCAAGGCUGUUUCCUUACUGACAAUAACAUGGUUUACAGGUUCUGCGAUCUCAAUGACAGACAUAAGCGCAUGACAUUUGAAAAGAACCAGGGACAGAGUGCUGUUAAGGUAUUCUUUGUGGAGCUGUCCGAAGUCUGCAAUGACACUUCGAUGAAUGGAAAACUAAGCAAGAUCAUUCGCUCAGACGACUCCAAGGAAGACUGUGAUCCAUACCUGGUUGAGUGGGUAAAGAACGAAGACUUCAACAUCGCUGACUUUGAGCAACAGACUUACGAAACAGCAAUGUCCAAAGUGUUGGAUGUUAUGAAGGCACGUGAACUUGCUUUGGGUGGCAUGCGUAAGUCUGGCAACAAUGACAGCGAUUUUUGGACUUAUGCCACUAAUCAGAAGUACUUGAAAUGGCGAGUGAGUGGUGCUCCCAUUCCUGCAAAGGCGGUCUACUAUUGCCAUGUUUUGUGCCAGCAGUAUCCUCAGAUCGAUGGUCGAUUCUCAGAUGUGCUGGAGGAAGAGAUGAAGUCUGAUUCGAACGUUCCAAUGAUUGGCAGCGCUGGUGGAGGCAGUGACAGUAGCGGCAGUGCAAAGAAAACUCAGCGCGAGUUGCUACGGAAGAUGGAGGAAGUCAAGCAGCAGCAACAACAGCACCAGAAAGACACCAUUGCCCAACGUCAGGAGUACAUCAAUCUACAGAAAGAGGAAUUAAAGCGUUCUUCGGCACGUGAACAAUGGAAGGAAUACACAUCGAUGGCCAAAGAAUUCAAGGCGUGGAAGCAAGAGAACGAUGACGACAACGAACCAAUGCUUCAAAACAUGGCAAUCCACAUUACUAGAGAACUAGAAAAACAACUGAACAUUCCAGAGGAGAGGACCGUCACGACAGGAUUUUAGUAACAGUGCAAGUAGCAAGUAGGAUAAUGGUAG